AUGGGCCAAACACCGAGCACCCCGUUGUCCGACUGUCUGAAUGCCGUUUGCAAUGGCCGCGGCAACUGUGUCGCAUUUCCUGAUAAUCCGCUUUACCAAAUCUCCUGGGUCAACCGAUAUAACCUCGAAAUUCCUGUAGCACCCGUUGCCGUGACGAGACCGAGCACGGCCCAGGAUGUGUCGGAUUUUAUCAAAUGUGCCGUCGCGAAUAACGUCAAAGUUCAACCAAAGUCCGGCGGUCAUUCUUAUGCAAAUUUCGGUUUGGGUGGACAGGAUGGCGAACUCGUUAUCGAUCUCGUAAACCUCCAGAACUUCAGCAUGGAUACGAGUACGUGGAAUGCGAAGAUCGGAGGUGGCACUCAUCUUUCCGACGUAACGACGAAGCUUCACGAUAACGGUAAACGAGCAAUAGCUCAUGGAACUUGUCCCGGAGUCGGUAUUGGUGGCCAUGCGACGAUCGGUGGACUUGGUCCCGCAUCUCGCAUGUGGGGAUCAUGUCUCGAUCAUGUCAUCGAGGUUGAGGUGGUGACUGCAGAUGGCACUAUUCAGCGAGCUAGCGAGACUGAGAAUAGUGAUCUUUUCUUCGCCCUGAAAGGUGCUGGCGCAGGCUUCGGCGUCAUCACCGAAUUUGUUGUCAAAACGCAUCCCGAACCUGGCGAUGUCGUGCAGUACUCGUUCUCGCUAUCUUUGGGCAAGCACACAGACCUGAUCACCGUUUUCAAACAAUGGCAAGAUCUCAUCUCGGAUCCUAACCUUGACCGGCGAUUUGGUACCGAGUUUGUUAUGCACGAACUCGGCGUUAUCAUUACUGCCACGUUCUACGGAACAGAAGAGGAAUGGAAGGCUACUGGUAUCCCGGAGAAGAUUCCUACUGGGAACGUCUCUGUCGUUGUGGAUGACUGGUUAGGUGUUAUCGCACAGCAGGCCGAGGAUGCCGCUCUGUACCUUUCUGAUCUCCGCAGUGCCUUUACAGCUAAGAGCCUAGCUUUCAAGUCGGAUGAGUUGCUAUCCCUAGAUACGAUCACGCAAGUGAUGAACUACAUCGACAACACGAACCGUGGGACGCUUCUCUGGUUCCUGAUCUUCGACGCUACUGGCGGCGCAAUCAGCGACAUCCCUAUGAACGCGACCGCAUACUCCCACCGUGACAAGAUUAUGUUCGCUCAGGGGUACGGCAUCGGCAUUCCGACCUUGACUAAUGCUACCAAGGAUUUCAUAGGAGGAAUCAUGACCACGAUCCAAGGUGAUACUUCGCAGACCUUGACGACAUAUCCAGGCUACGUCGACCCGUCCUUAGUAGAUGCUCAAGUAUCAUAUUGGGGCCCGAACCUCAAGACCUUAGGUCAAGUGAAGUCAAAGUGGGAUCCGAACGAUAUAUUCCACAACCCUCAGAGCGUUAGGCCAGCGAAAACCGAGUAG